AUGAGCGAACAAGCGUUGUUCAGCGUUCUCAAUUCAACCAAAGAGCCUUCUAGAGCGUUCGAGGGGAAACCAAGCGAUUCAGAGCGGCGAGUUCCGAACGACCAUGAACGAUCACGGUUGAUCGAACCGUCCAAGAGCGGCGAGUUUUGA